AUGGACUCCUCAAAUCAAGAAAUUCCUAGAUCAUUCAAUACUAAUAGAAGAACAUCAGUCUCGGCUGAGGCAUUAAAUCCUGCUAAAUUAAAGUCGGAGAGUUGGAGACCGCCACAAAAUAACUUAUCGACUACAGAGGAGGAAUCAGUGGCAAACAGUUUAAAGAACAACUUUCUCUUUAAACAAUUGGAUGAAAACUCCAAGAAAACUGUUAUAUCAGCUUUGGAAUCGAAAAAUUUCAAAAAGGAUUCAGUAAUCAUAAAACAAGGAGAUGAGGGUGAUUUCUUUUACAUAAUAGAAUCCGGUACAGUUGAUUUUUUUGUCAAUGAUGCCAAGGUUAGCACAAGCAGUGAUGGAUCAUCAUUUGGUGAAUUGGCAUUAAUGUACAAUGCGCCAAGAGCAGCUACUGUAAUUGCUGUCACUGAUGUUACUGUAUGGGCGUUGGACCGUUUAACUUUCCGUCGUAUCUUGUUGGAAGGUAGUUUUAAUAGAAGGUUGAUGUAUGAAGAUUUUCUCAAGGAUAUUGAAAUAUUGAAGUCACUUUCCGACCAAGAACGUUCCAAAUUGGCUGAUGCAUUGAGUACAGAAAGAUAUCAAAAGGGUGACAAGAUAGUUACUGAAGGAGAACAGGGUGAAAAUUUUUACCUCAUUGAAAGCGGUACAUGUCAAGUUUAUAACGACAAGUUGGGAGAAAUUAAGAAGUUGGGAAAAGGUGACUAUUUUGGAGAGUUGGCCUUGAUUAAAGAGUUACCUAGACAGGCCACCGUUGAAGCCUUAGAUAAUGUCAUAGUUGCAACAUUGGGUAAAUCAGGGUUUCAAAGAUUAUUGGGUCCUGUGGUUGACGUGUUGAAGGAUAAAGAUCCAACCAAAGUUCAGGAUCCAACCAUUGUAAAUUAG